CUGUGGCUAUUAGAUAUUGUGCUAAUUCUUCAGAAUGUUCCAGUGAUGAUAGGGGGGACAGAAUGAGAUAGCGUAAACUUUGCCUAGGCCAUUGACCCGGUGUGAGAUGCUGUUGAGAAAUGCAGUUCAGAUGGCUUUUCAAGGGUAGAUGAGGUGAUUGUGAGAGGGGGGCUGGGUUUAGACUACAGCUCAUUCCACUAAUGCAUGGGCUCCUGUGGGAGCCACUGGCUGGCUGGGGCUCCAACUCAUAAUCUAGAUAGUAUCACUAAUGCCUUCCUCCUCAAUGUCUGGUACUGUGUCUCCAAGCCCAGCUCUUCUCUUCAGUUAGAGGGGGGCACUGAGACUAGAUGGCUCACUCUGAUAGCAGGGAACUAGGGACUUUGGUAGGACUGUCUUAUCGCAGAAGGGAAGAGAAUGCUUUGGGACAGGGAGAGUGAGAUAGGGAGCUUCUUCACUCCCAGUAGAAUAGUGAGCAACUGAACUGAGAUGGAUGGAGCUUACAUGCGAUAAGUCAUGUGUAGGGACAAACAAAGAUGUGUGUUUUGAUCCGAAUGAAAUGCUUGUCCUAUUCUGCUUUGAGAGGAAUGUGAACGUUUUUAAAGGCAAGUUUCUGUGGUUGUGGAUGUAAUGUGUUUUACCACAGGGACCAUGGUUAUGAUGAAGCUCUCUGCCCUCCUCAUGACCUAUUUCCUGGUCAUUUGUCAGAUGUACAGCUCACAUGCAGCUCCAGCCAGAACUGGUUUAGAGUCUAUAACAGACCAAGUCACGCUAACUGACUAUGAAGCCCGAAGGCUACUCAACGCCAUCGUCAAGGAGUUUGUUAAAAUGACAUCAGAGGAACUGGAGCAACAAGCCAAUGAAGGAAAUAGCGUUACAGCACAGAAGCGUGCGUGCAAUACUGCCACAUGUGUCACCCACCGCCUGGCUGACUUCCUGAACAGAUCAGGAGGAAUGGGCAACAGUAACUUCGUCCCCACCAACGUGGGCGCCAAGGCGUUCGGACGAAGAAGGAGAGACAGCCCCAAGACAGCACCUCUGUGAAUGUGUUAACAGGCCUCAGGGAUUUGAGUAUGAGCCCUUAAGUGAGACAACAAUACAUCCUGUCCUGAACCAACUACAGACAUCUAGAAAUGACAACUCUUCACUGUUUAAAAAAAACAGCCUUCAAACACAGGACUGAUUUCCUGCAUACCUCUUGCAUACUCUGUGUUACCGAUAUUCAUUUGCUCUAUGACCAUGAGGAAAUACAACAACCUAGAAAACAUUACAACAAAAAAUAAAGAACAAACUUCUGUUAUGUCUAUUUUCACCAGAUCUUUACCCUGUACAAACCAGUUGGUUCUGUCCCGUUUUGGCUUAGAGCACAUGUGCAGUUUGAUCCUGAGUCCCCACCCCUCCUCUCUCCUGUGUCAGCAGCACACUGCAGGGGUGCGGAGACUACAUCAAGCUCCGCCCCCACAAGCUUCCCUGACCAUGGCUGUGUCUUGUGCCUUGAUGUAGACCACUUCUUCACAUUUCAUUAAUUGUACAGUAUGUUUGAAGAGUGAAAGGAAAACGAUUGAAGAAUCUAAAUAUUGUAACAAUUGUGAAUCUAAGCAAGAUUAAAAUGUAUUU